AUGACGAUGAUGGCCUACGAAGUGUUAGAGAAUCCUAUCGACCGUAAUGAGAAGAAUUUAUAUAAAGCGCAAGUUGUGUCGUGCGCCAUGGAAUUGAUGAACUUAUUUAUCGCAAUUGGCCAGCACCUGGACACUAUGAUUCCUAAAGCAAAAGAUUAUUCUUUGUUUACGCAAGAGAACUAUGAUAAAAUAGUAAGAUAUAAGUGCACGUUCUACUGCUUAGAAAUGCCAAUAAUGUUAGCUUUAAUUCUAAGCCAAAAAGACGAUGAAGCAACAUUUAAGCGCGUGUCUUAUAUAGUCCGUGACGUUGGCACCUUGUUCCAGAUGAUGGCGUUUAUACACGUAGCUAUUGGACAGCAUUUGGACGCAAUUCUCUCUAGAUCCAAAGAUUAUUCAUUGUUUACUCAAGAAAACUACGAUAAUGUAGUCAAAUAUAAGUGCACAUACUACACAAUGAAGUUACCAUUGAUGCUAGCAAUGAUACUGGCCGAUAGAGCGGACGAUGCAUCUUACGAACUCGCCGAAAAUCUAUGCCGAGACGUCGGCGCUUUAUUCCAAAUGAAAAACGACUUCAUGGACUGUUUUGAUUUGGAGUCUGAAAGUGGUAAAUCUGGUACCGACAUACAAGAAGGAAAGUGCACAUGGCUAGCUGUGAAAUCUUUGGAGCGCGGUAACCCACAGCAAAGAAAAACUUUCACAACUUGCUAUGGCAGCUGGAAUCCAGAGGAUGUAGAAACAAUAAAAAGUCUAUAUAAAGAUUUGGAUCUUAAAUCAUUGUACGAAGAACAACAAAUAAUACGAUACAAAAUGUUCAUGCAAAAAGUUCAAGAACUACCAUCGAAUGCUACGCCUACACCUCAAUUGUUUUUGAAGUUGCUUCAAAUGGCUCAGGAUGGACAAUGA